AUGUGCUGCUCGGGUGGUCCAGGUGGCAUCAGAUUGACCAGGUGCGGUUUGGUCUGUGGUAUCGCUGCUCUUGCAGCUCUUAGUACGGCCCUGUUAGGCCCUGCCUGGCUGCUCACCGAGGAAAAAUUGAAUCUUCCGUAUUUACCGCGUAAUUUCGCGAAUGUCGUGAGUGUGCGCUUCAAGCUGGGCCUCUUUAGGGUUUGUCCGAAGAUCGUGAAACCGGCCAACUUGACAGUUCAUCUUUCUACGCCGCCCUGCACUUACGUGAGAUACAGCAGCUUGGAGGAUGUCAAGCCACAGGAGUUAGGAUUUCUUCAGCUAGACUUCACUCCAACGGUGGUAUCGAAAAUAAGGAUAUCUGCUCCGUUUCAAGUGGCUGCGGCCGCUUUGGUCCUCGCCGCCACAGUCUCGGCAUUAAUUGGACAUUGUUAUUCGGACCAUAGAACUCUCGUUGCCUGUGGAUUAUUCCUCCUCAGCGGACUCUCGUUAGGCGGUGGUCUGAUAGUCCUGGCGUCCGGUUUAUCAGACGCGUCCUUAGAAUUGCCUGCAAAAUAUAGUCUGCCCUCUACGUCCAGCAUGCAGAUGGAUGACAAUGGUCUGCCGGAGUACCAAUACGGAUGGUGCCUUCAAUUGUCAGGAUUGGCUUUGAUCCUGGCAGAAGUCGCGGCUGUUUUAACGAUGUCCGGAUACAUGGCACGCUUCUCGACCGUCGAAGAAAUGGUUAGAGUUAUGGUGCCAGGAGCUGAAAGGAAACUAAGAGAACAGAGAGGCUUCAGUUCGGAGUAUCUCGUCAGAGCUCACCAAAAGUCACCUGGACCAUCCCAAACUAGAAGCUUUGGACAAGCAACAAAAACGCCCCAGAGAGUCGUUGAAGAAGGCACAUCCCUGUUAUGCAAGGCUGCGCCUGAUAUCUGUUCCUCGAAUCCUCAAGCUAUCAGUUACGUCGACAAGGCAGAUCUCUCACACGUUUUACCAGCGUAUCCAGAUUCGAAGAACGCAGACUCGGGAUACACGUUUGUUUGCAAAGCAGAAGCCAACGUUAUCGACUCACGGUUAAGCGGCUUCGCUGAUAAAGAAGGUUUAAUAGAUUCGAGGAUUCUGUCUGACUCCCGACAGAAUAUGAUAGCUUUUACCGAAAGCAAAGAACACACAGUUGGCCAAGAGCCACGGUACACCGAAUUCUCUCCAAGAACUAUAGAGGAAAAUGUGGUGGACUCGAGGUUAAGUGGCUUCAACGAGAAAGAGGGUCUCCUCGAUUCACGACUCAGCGGUUACGGUGAGAAAACUGAAUCUUUGUUAGACACUCCGUUCGGCUACGACACGCGAUUCAAUAGUUUAGCAGGCCAGACAGUGCCUAUUACUUUAAAGAAUCAAAACACGUCUGUCUCAGCAAUCCAAUCUCAGUAUAUUUACCAAAACUUUGGGACGAUACACUCUGGAAUUCUGAGGGUAUCGGAACCGGGUACAAGUUCUAGUUCGAACUCGAGCCAAAGAAGCAUGACACUGCAAAAUCCGAAACGGAAAUCGCAGAUCGCUCAGAACACAUUCAGCACGAUGGAGUGCGAAAAGAGGAAACGGGGACCCGGCCUGGCAGGUAAAACAGGAUUCUAUGCAGGUAGCGCAGUAUGACCACCA